CUCAGUCGCUGAGCAUGGCUUGCUUUAACGUCGAGGCAGAGGUUGUGGCACUGGUAUCGCAGGUUAUCAGCGACCACUCUGGAGUCAGUUCAAGAGGCGCAGCAGACCCCACUACCCCAAACUCCCAGGACAACGUCCAGAGCCUCGAAACCCUGCAUGCUCUUUUAACCACAGAAGACAGUCCACAGAACGAGUGCAACGAACGACCGCAGAAAAGACGCAGGAUCGACGCAAGAGUCAAAAAUGAAGACCACCCUGCAUACUUUCCUGUGGACCGGAGCGUGACUCUUGCCGAAGUCUCCAUUAACUUAACCCUCGCUCCCAGUCUGGCUUCUGUACAGCCUGCGCUACCAGCAUUGAAGAUUGGAAAGCCUGUCGUUCUCCACCUGGAGACUCUCUCUGACCUUGGAGAUGGUCAGGCUAGGAUUCUACUGGUCGAACCACUCUCAAACCUGAGCGUUGACAUUCUCGCCAUAAUCGACAUUGCUUCUUUACAGUCCAUCAAGCCUCACAUCAAGGUUGCCGAAUCGUUAGCAUGUGUACAACAUGGCCGAAAGAUUCGAACAAAGCCUCGUGCGGCCUUCUCUCGAUGCUCCCUCGCACCGUCAUCUACGUCGCCGCACACAUACAAGUUAAAUGUGCAAAUUCGCUGGCUCUUGGACAUUUCCGUUGUCGAAGACCCCUCUGUGAGCGCCCAUAUCAUGAAGGAGGAUCUGCGGUUGCUGUCGAGAUAUUUUCAGGACGUAACUGCACGGUCCGACAUACCUUGGGCACUCUCGGACUUCUACAAUUCAGUACACGUUCCGCCAGCAGACCUGCACAUAUCUCCCCAGAUCCAACACAAGCUGGUGGACACGAUCUUAUACCCAUUCCAGCAGAGAGCUGUUGACUGGUUGUUGCGACGAGAAGGCGUGGCAUAUUCGACAACUGGGCAACUCGAGCCGUUUGUAGAGGACGUCACACCUGCGUCGUUCAGUCUGACCCAUGCGGCUGAUGGAUCCACAUGCUAUGUCAGUGGUCUUCGGGGUAUGAUUGUGGCCGACCUUAAUACUGCCAAAGGUGACGCGCUACAAUCACUGAGAGGUGGUAUUUUGGCAGAGGAAAUGGGUCUCGGUAAGACUGUUGAGCUCAUUGCAUUGAUCUCACAUCACAAGCGCCGAAUCCGAGACGCAAAAGUGUUUGAUAUGAACAUCGCGGCGCAUGUUCAGGUGUCAGGCGCAACACUCAUUAUUACUCCACCCAGUAUCCUGGAGCAGUGGCGAAGUGAGCUACAUAUGCAUGCGCCCGACCUCAAAGUUCUUCACUAUAAAGGACUGCCAGCAUCGAGUGCGUCGAAUAAAGAGCAUGCCGAAGCGACGGUUGGAGAAUUAUUGCGCUACGACGUAGUCCUUACGACAUACGGUAUACUAUCGAAGGAAAUCCACUAUGCUACACCCCCGCCUGAUCGUUCUUCCCGACAUGCAAAACGCCAUGAACGUCGAAAAAGUCCGCUAGUCGAGAUAUCGUGGUGGAGAGUCUGUUUGGAUGAGGCCCAGAUGGUCGAGAGUGGUGUCAGCAAUGCAGCUAAAGUUGCGCGCUUCAUCCCUCGAUGCAAUGCAUGGGCCAUUUCUGGUACACCUUUGCGAAAGGACGUACAAGACUUGCGCGGUCUACUGACGUUCCUGAGAUGCGAUACCUUCGCCCAAAAUAAGAUGGUGUGGGGACGCUUGGACAAGUCAUCAUUCUACGCCAUAUUCAAUCAGAUUACCUUACGGCACACCAAGGACAAAGUGCGCGACGAUCUCCAUCUUCCUCCACAGAAACGUGCCGUCAUUACAAUUCCGUUCACUGCAAUCGAGGAGCAGAACUACGCGGACCUGGUUCGCCAAAUGUGCGAUGAGUGCUGGCUGAAUUCAGAAGGAGAGCCCUUCGAUGCGAACAGUGAAGCCACCAGCACAGAAACAAUUGAGCGAAUGCGCGAGUGGCUGGUCCGCCUGAGACAAACAUGCUUGCAUGCUCAUGUCGGACGCAAGAACAAGCGAGCCCUAGGCGCGAGGAAUGGACCCUUGCGGACGGUCCACGAAGUGUUGGAGAUCAUGAUUGAUCAGAACAGUGCCAAAUGGAAAUCAGAGGCGCGCGAGAUGAUCGUCAACCGUAUCAAGCAGGGCCACGUCAUGGCGUAUGCUGGUAACGUUGAUAACCGCGCAGAGACUGCACUACCCUUCUAUACCAAAGCUCUGGAGGAGGCUAAGGACUACGUCCUUAUGUGUCGACAGGAAUUAGGGUUGGAGCAACAGAAAUUGGGCGUGUCAGCAAACAUACUUGAUCAGGACGAAGUCUCUGAUGCCGAAGCAGUCGAGCGAGACAACCUUGGAACUAUCUCCGCUCUCCGCAGAUCCUUGCGAUCAUUCUUGGAACUCGAACAUAUGUGCAGGUUCUUCAUUGCCACGGCCCAUCAUCAGAUCAAAAACUACCUCGAAACACAACAGCCAGAUACCGAGCAUGCCUUACGCGAAGAACGACUAGAGACAGAGUGGUACAAUCAGGCGAAGAUCAUCCGACGUGAGCUCCUUGUAGACAUCAAGAACACCACGCAACGGCAGAUGAAGAAAGUCGAGAACGGAAAGCUCCAUCAGUUGCCUAGUAUUGACGACCUUCCAGAUCUCGGCGGCAUCGAAAGCCGUCGUGCGUUAGAUACGAUUGAUGAGAUCAGCGACUUCUUGAAUUCGCAAUCAACAAAGAUUCAGAAGUGGCGGACGAAGAUUGUUGAUGUACUACUACUACGCCUCACGGACGACGAUGACGAUAUGGAAAUCACAGGAGAAGAAUAUGAGAAUUCUUUGAAGGCACAAGACGAGCUGUAUGUGGCUAUCAUGGCGCUUCGUACCCUUGUUGCGGAUCGCCAUCUUGCAAUCCACGGUUUACGAGACAAUCUCAUUGACGAAGAACUGAAGACUGCUGAAAAGAGAGCUCGAUAUAAAGGCGAUGAAGGUGAUCGUGGCCACGCUCCCGAGCUCCUACUUGAGUUUGCAAAGCAGCGACGGGAGUUAAUGUCAACUCUUCACGGAAGCUCACUGAAAGGUGUGAUAGCGGAGCUCCGAUCAAAGAUCACUCCCUUAGAGUGGAGGGCCGAGAACAACGACGACCGUGCUGCAGUUGAAGUUGCUGUGCUUCAGAGGCAUUUGAGCAGCGUUCAGAGCAUCAUGUCGCAGCAAAGUAAGGUCUUAGUGGAAAUGGAGAAGGAACAAGAGCUGUUCCGCAGUGCUAUGAACCAACGUCUGGAGUACUAUCGACAAUUCCAGCAUAUCUCGGACACCGUGGCAGCAUAUAAGGAGAAGCUUGAUGAGAAGUUCGACCAAGCUGCUUUCCAGAUCUUUGAGUACCGUCGAAAUAAGGGUGCAGAAGGUGUAAACGCUAUGAAAGGAAAGCACGCAUAUUUGAUGAACUUGCGGGCUGAGGAUCAAAAGAGUGCGGGUGCGGACUGUAUCAUCUGUCAAGAAACCAUCGAAAUUGGUGUUCUCACAAACUGUGGACACAAGUACUGCAAAGAGUGUAUCAACCAGUGGUGGCACGCCCAUCGAACUUGUCCGCUUUGCAAGCAAAAGCUGAAGAGCUCCGAUUUUAAAGAUAUCAGUCUAAAGCCCAGCGCGGUCCCCACAAACCCCAGCUCACCAGCCCCAGAAAGCUCUCCACAGGUUGCAACACCAAAGGCAACCGACAUGUCCAUCUACACAGAUCUCAGCGACAGCACCCUCAAAGAAAUCAAAUUGAUCGACCUUCCCGGAUCAUACGGCUCCAAGAUUGACAUGCUUGCGAGACACCUCCUUUGGCUGCGCGCCAACGACCCCGGCGCAAAAUCCGUUAUUUUCAGCCAGUACCGCGACUUCCUCGAUGUACUCGAGUCUGCAUUCCGCGCCUGGAAAAUUGGGACCUCAAAUAUCCGCGAAAAGGAUGGCAUCGCGAAGUUCAAGCAAGACCCAGCUAUCGAGGCCUUCUUUCUAGACGCAAAAAGCGACUCCAGUGGUCUUAAUCUCGUCAACGCGACGUACGUCUUCCUUUGCGAACCUCUCAUCAAUCCCGCCAUCGAGCUACAGGCCAUCGCCCGCGUACACCGCAUCGGUCAGCAGCGCUCAACCACAGUUUUCAUGUAUCUGAUCAGCAAUACCGUCGAGGAGGCUAUUUACGAUAUCUCCGUUGCCCGCCGCCUGGAGCACAUGCGUAGCUCUGAUCCUAGUGAGAGUGUCCCGGUGUCCGGCAAAACGAGCCCUGUGCAUAUGCAGGAGAGAGGUCUAGAAAAAGCGAACUCGAAAGAGAUGGAGGCUGCGCCACUGAAACAACUGCUUAGUAAAGGGGGCGGAGGCGAGGCGGUGAAGAACGAUGAUUUGUGGCAUUGUCUAUUUGGGAAACCAAGAAGGGAGGUCGGAGAGGGGGUAGUGAGUGAGGAGCAGAUGAGGGUGGUGAAUGGGCUGUGAGAGGUAAUUAGUGGACGAUAGCGUUGGGAUCUUUUGGCAUACCCUUCAUAAGUCUUAUUUCGCGAAUUUGAUGCUGAACUGCAUUCGAGAACCUGAGUCUGAGUGGCCGAAUACAGUUCAGAUGCUAU